AUGGCUAGAUAUGAUAUCUCUGCUCUUAUGGGCAUGCGCUCCAAUGCACGGAUCGAUGUCAACAGAUUCAGUGAGGUUGGCAGCAACUUGCUCCGCCAACAUAGUACGAGCGUGUUGUCCGAACAAUCCAUCAACCGGUCAAGGAACGUGUCGAAUUUCUCGCGUCAGAGUGAAAGAACAACUGCACCCCCCGAGCCUCCUUUGAGAUCUACCUCACGUCAGCCAAGUGAUCCACCGUGCAGCCAUCGUGUACAGAACAACUCCGGCUUCGCGCAGUUUCUCAAGGAACACACAUCCCCAAAGCAUCAACGCGUCACAGCCGGGGGUCGAAUCGUGCCGAUGGAGGCACCCCCAAAGAUGAAGCUGCCUACGUACCAGCAGCAGCAGAAAGUCGGCGACGACAGAAAAUGCUCGGUUGUAUCUGCAGCAGAGAAUCAGAAUAAUCUCGAGCAGGAAACUAUACCUAUCAGGGACACGGCUAAUGGGAUCGGAACUUCCAAACAUGGUUCCCAGUCUGCUGGUGUAUCUGUGAAUUGCAUCUUUCCCCCAUAUGGGAGCUUUGAUCCGUACCUGCAGACUUUGGGACAAACAACAAAUCUUCUCUCUGCUGCAGGGCCUUCAGGAUUGCUCCCUUCGCUCGCUAUGCCAUGGCCGACCGAUACCCAACAGCUUCUGGAACCUGAGAUGCAGGCCCCGGAGUAUCAUAUACCUGCUGCGCCGGAGUUUCCGAUGUUGAACUAUGCAAGCCCAUGUAUCUGGCAGCCGACUCUGUAUGAUGUUCUGAGCACCCCCAAUCCAUUACCCACUUUUGCUCCCUCAAUCCAGCCGCAUCCGACAAUUUCAACGGCGUCCGACUUCUCGGCGGGCAGCAUGGCUAGUAGUGGAGGUGCUACGCCCUUAAUGAGCCCGUUUUACUCAGGAUAUGGCAUGUCCUGUACGCCUACAGCAAUUCAUUGGCAUCAGCUCAUCAACGGACAAGCGGGAAUGCAGCCUCAGCAAGUUACACCUGCGGUGAUGCCGACUCCCCUGUACCAGAAGUCCCUCGAUGAUGCCACCAAAGAGCAUGACAACCUAUCGGCUCAACUUGCACGCUUAGACAGAUACAUGGCGAUGCACACCUGGGAUCUAGACCCUCAAACUAAGAAGCUGUUGGUCGAGCAACGUGUCGGUCUGUCUAGACAACGGAGCAAUGUGGAGAGUGUGAAGCAUUCCUUCUCGCCGCUCCUUGCACCGUGCCUGAUAAAAGAUCGCGGUCUGGCUGGACCAAAGACGAUGGCCUUGGCAGUUCCCCAGAAUGUUCAUGCACAUGGCAUCCUGCCUCAUUUUGCUCGCAUGGAAGAUGUGCCUAGAAAGAGCAGGGCGGCUCCGAUGACUGGACAUGAGAAAGACAAUCUGUGGUACAAGCCAGAUAGAGGGAUGGGAACCUAG